UUGCAACAUUUCUGUGGGAAAGAAAAAGGUUCUUUUCCCUUUCAGAAGCCGAAAAAACGCAGGAUAGUAGUUUCUAGUUAAUGUAAAAAAACUGUUCUUCGUUUAUUAAGUGCACCGGGUGAACUCGGAAGUUGUAGAUGGUAAAAUUUGUGUUUUGUUUUCAGUGCAUAGUAGUUAGACAAAGCCAGUACUAAGUAGCACAGAACUGAAUCGCUUUCGACUUGGGCUGAAAAAGUUAUGGCUGAUCAGACCGAGCUACGUAUGAACUUAGUGGCAAUUCAGCGCUCAGAUCCAUAUGCAAAGGACAUAGUUAAUUCAUCCGCUCACGUUGCAUUCUAUACCUUUAACACCACAAAAAACGAGUGGGAGAAAACCGAUAUUGAAGGAGCCUUGUUUAUCUACAGCCGGAACGCAGAACCGUAUCACAGCAUUUUUAUCAACAAUCGGCUUAACACUAACUCGCUGGUCGAGCCGAUCAACGGCCAAAUUGAUUUGGAGUGCCAAACGCCAUUCCUCUUGUACCGCAACGAGCGUUCCCGUAUUCGAGGAUUCUGGUUUUACAACGACUCGGAGUGUGACCGCAUUCGGGACGUCAUUUCUAAACUGAUUGCAGAGUGUAACAGUGAAAAUAAAAAAGUCACCGACAUGGGCAAAAGUCAUGCAAACGGAAACGUCGGCGGCAAUCAAGUGGACAUCUUCACAAUGUUGACGAAGGCACAGGAGGAUUUCAACAACAGCACCGCAGUGAAACAGCCAGUCCUUUCACAACCGGAUCAAUUGCCACUUAGAAAUCCUACUGCUGGCCCUAGCAAAGUGCCAGAUCAGAGUACACCACAAAGUGUGGUAAAUUUUUUCAAUGCCGCUAAGCAACCGGCCGCAUCGGAAGUCCCUCUUGUUCAAACGUUGAUGUCUAAUCCGGUACCUACGUUGGAGCAAAUUGAGAAACUGCAUCGUGCUACGACACCAUCGAAGGAGGCAACUGGAAAAUUAACCCCCGAGGUUAGCGAACUUGAAAAUAAUUUCAAAUUAAUGGGCAUUCCUGUGGGCUCAGGUCCACAGCCGGCACAGGAGCUUGGAACUUCACCUUUGGCGAAGUUCCUCAGUGUCACUAAUUUGGGUGCAGUUCGAAACAAUAACCAACCAAUUCCGAAAACGAAACCUAUUGAGAUCAGUGUACUCGAAUCACGACAUCAGCAACAACAUCAACAGCAGCAACAGCCGUUGCAUGAGCUUUUGAAAAAAUCUGAAAGCUCUUCCUUGCUAAAUAUUACUUCAAACACUGGCAGUGCUGGAAAGCCGGCUCUUAUGCCUCCGACCAUGUUUGCCACAAGCUCCACAGCAGCCAAGGGUCUCUCCGAUUUCUUUGCAAACGCAGCAAACAAAAAACACCAUGAACAACAGCAUAUUAACGGAAAUAGCACUUCGAUAGCAGAUCUUCUCACUAAGGCCAACGCCGGUGGUGGCAACAGCAACAGUCACCAUCCUCCUCCACCGGGUUUUUUCCCAAUGGUUGGAACCCCCGUAGAGCCUCUGACUCAAGCGCAGCUAAUUCAGGCCAUCAGUUAUCUCAUCAAACAUGACCCUGACUUUGUGCGGAAGCUGCACGAGGCCUACUUGAAAUCUUUCCAGGAGAUGAUGGCACUAUAACUUGAAUCCGUACGAAGUGCGAUAAAGGAACCCAGUGCGUGAAAUGCGAGGGAAAAAGACUUAACGCGUUUGAUAACUUGAUAGGCAUCGAGAGAAGAAAGAAUAAUGGCGAUACAUGUUUCUUGCUUUUCAAUUUUAAUUCUACCUACAUUUUAAUGCAUUGUCGUUCUGUUAUAACUCAUUCGUAUAAUCGUUUUUUCAUUUUACAAAGAAAAUAUAUGUUGC